AUUUUAGCAAGCCUGGAAACACAAAUCAUUGUUUUUAUUUGUACAACAAAAACUGAAAAUACAUUCAAAAUAAUUCCAUAGACCGCAUAAAUUCGAAUAGUUUAAAAUGGCUGAUGGAGUUAAUUUUACCAUGGCUCCUUUUCCACCGGACGCCAUAGAAUAUUCAAGUACUGAGGCUGAACCCAAGAGCUCUGGCGCUGAAGACCCUGUACCAAGUGUCUUGAUAACGGGCCUUUUGAUCCUGGGACUCAUGAUUUGGUUUAGAUUGCUCUCCAAGUGGGCAACUGUCAAAAAAGGCUAUUUAGAGCGAAAUUCUGUGAAAGUUCUGGAAGGAAGGAAAGCUCUUAGCAGAAGAAACCAAUAUAUCUAUUGAUUUUCGGGCUAAUUUGAUUCCCCGGUAGCAAAUCGUCUAAUUAUUUCAGCUUAACUUGGAUCUAUAAACAAAUAGACACUGUUGUGAAGCGAUU